AUGCGCAUUGUCAGGUCAUUCAUCUCCAUGCGUUGGUUUCCGUCUUAUAAAAAUCUACAUUUUCAGAGACCAUUCAGUCCUUCUUGCAUCGACAAGUACGCUGCUUUCCCGGGCCAUCUUAACUGUGAAUAUGGUCCUUUUUCCGGAAGACCCCUACACACCAACGACACAGAACAAGCACAGAUCGCUGAUCUACACAACAAGAUCCGAGCUCGUGUCUCCCCAACAGCUUCUGACAUGACCAAGUUGAAAGAAAACUCGGGUCUCGGCAGCACAGCAGAGAGAUUUGCCAGACGAUGCACUGCCGACAGCACAUGGUACCAACGGGCAACACCUAGGUAA